GUGACCCGCUGCGGUGGAGACCGUGAGGGCUCUCUGACUUGGCUCUGGCCGCGUGAGCGAGGGGCCCCAGCCCCUCCUUCUCGCCCGGGGUGAGCGCAGGCUCCGCCUCGCUCCAGUGUCCGCCGGUGAUGGGCGGUUACGGGGAGGUUAAAGUGAAAAUACCUUUUGGAAAUAAAUACUUAGAUGCCAUAUUUUCUGUCCCAGAGAGGAUAUCAACACAUGGUGUGGUUCUUACCCAUGGAGCUGGAGGAGACAUGAAUUUCCCUCAUUUAGUUUCUUUGGCAACCUACCUUGCUUCUCAUGGAGUCUUGUGUCUGCGAUUUACCUGUAAAGGGCUUAACAUUACCUAUCGGACUAAAGCAUAUAAAAGAGUUGUGGAGUAUUUAAAGUCAUGUGAAGAAUAUACACUUUCUGGUGUCUUCCUUGGAGGUCGUUCCAUGGGUUCACGAGCUGCUGCCUCUGUUGUACGUCAGAUUAGCCAGGAUGACAGCAAGGAUGAAUUCGUUCUAGGUUUAAUAUGUUUGUCAUAUCCACUGCAUCGGCCAAAACUUCAGUCCAAACUUCGGGAUGAAGAUUUAUUUUUUAUCAGAUGCCCUGUGCUGUUUGUCUCAGGAUCAGAAGAUGAGAUGUGUAAAAAAAACUUGUUGGAAGGUGUGGCAAGCAAAAUAAAAGUACCUAAAAAAAUCCAUUGGGUUGACAAAGCAAACCAUGGCAUGUUUGUGAAAGGACGAACAGCAGAUGAUGUCAUGAUGGAAAUAAGCGUGGAGAUUUUUUCUUGGAUUCAAGAAAUCAUUGAGCAGGAAUAAAAAUAAUUUCCAGCAAUUAAAUAACAUCUGUUAUAUUAGCCUUCCCUAAAAUAUAAUUGAUUAGUAAAGACUUGUUUAGCUGGCCAACACAGACAAAUACAAAUGAUUUCUUAAUGAGUCCUGUUUGAUUCAGUAACAGUCAUGCUCAAUAUUUUUUUUAAGAAUGGAUUAAAAAAAUCAGUGGAAGGUUACAAAGGAGGACAUUUUUUUAAAGGUCUCACAUGCAAAAUGCUUGGUAAUAAAACUGGGUUUUUUUGUGUUUCUAUUUGCUGAUCUGUUUGACCAAGCUAAUAAACUUUUUUGUAUUGUAUAGCUUAAGUUUGCUGAAAAAUUAACUGAAUUUCUGUUGGAACCAAAUCUUUAAUUUAAUUAAUUCCUGGGUGUAUUUCAGAUAGCAGUUAAUUUGAGUAUUAAAUCUCAUUUCUUAUGAAUUUAUAACUUAGAGAAAAAUAAUUUCCAGUUUGGCUGAUCUUACAGGUCUGUUUCUUCCUUCACUUCUGCCUCAUGCAGGCAUUUAUAGCUGUGCAAAACUGAUAAAAAAUACUACCAUUUUGGUUUUGUAGUAUUUUGCACCCUUUUAGUAUGAACCUACUAACACAGUAUGGAAACUAGUAGAGAAUUGGGUGACGUUUAAUUUCCAUGAGAAAGUGAUUUUACAAAAGUAAUGAUGUUAAAUUUGAUUAACCACCUACUUUGGCCAGGAAAAACAUUUUUUCCACUAAAAACAAUGCUUGUUUCGGCUAAAAUAGCUCAAACCACUGAAUUAAGAUUCAGACCUUGCUCCUAAUUAAGUAUAGGACCUCUUAACAAUCUGGGGGGACAGAGAUUAGAAAUCAUAAAUCCUUUGGAUGUUAAAAUUUGCUCUACAGUGUGUAUUUAGCACUGAUUUUUUUCAGAGGAAUACAUGAUACUGGUUUUAUGGAUUUCUAGAGCUGGUACUAUAUAGUUCUUCAUUUUUGCAGUGCAUAGUGCAUUUAAAAGAAAUAAAAAGGAAAGUAGUUUUAAAUGCACUGGAGUUAGAGCAUGGCUUUGGACUCUUUUGACUCAGUUCAUUCCUGCUGAAUUCUGUUCACUUCUGCUAUAUUUUUAUUGGCUGGUUAGACCUUUCAGAUAGUUUUGUGCGCCUACUAUAAGAUUUUAAAUGCUAUGCAAAUACCACAACAAAUCCCCCUCCCUUGCCUUCCUCUUGAAUUUACUUUAUAUUGGCAAAAUCUCUAGGAUACGUGUAGUCUUAGACUAGACCAGACAUGCGCUAUUUAUUUAACCAUGAUAAAGUGAUAAUAAGGAACAUACCAACCCAGUCCCUGACAGGUUUACUAUCAGAAAUAGUAACAUUUCUUAGUCGCUUACAGUGCCAAGGCUUAAAAAAAGCAAAAGCUGAAUAUUUUCCAGUGUUUUCAUGUUUCUGCAGAAGUGUAAUGUCCAAUAAGUCUUUAGGGCUGCUGGGAAUCCAGCACAAAUGGUAUUGUCAUCCAUGUGAAAUAGUUUGAUUUUGGGGUUUUUUUUCUAAACCACUACAGUAAAUUUGGUGUGGAAAGAGAACAAUGAUUUAACUAUGUUUACGAUAUUAAGCCAGCUAAGCAGCAUACUUGGUAAGAGUUGGCAUUGUAAAACUACACUGCAGCCAAACAGCAUUAUUAGUACUGGUUUAAAAGGCUUCUAGUAUCAACAAGUUAUUUUUACUUUAUUUUAAAUACCAGUUAGAUAUAUUUAUUGAAAGUCAAGUAUUUUCAACCAGACCAUAUUUUUCUUUACACUUUGUGGUUGUAGGAUUGUUCAUGAGUGCUAAGCUAACAGCAUUCAUAAUAUUUCACAUAAAAUAUAACUGUCAUUCUUAGCAGUACAGAACCUGAACUGAAACUAAUACAAACCUUAAUUUUGGCUGAGGACUAUAUGGACACAUUUUUAGAACUUGAAGAAUUUUAAAUCUAUCAUAAUCAAGACUGAUCUCAUGAUGCUUUGUAUACAGUACUUCCAUUGAGGAUAAAGUACAUGGAGGGUGAAAACUGACUGAUUUAAGAAUAUCAUUAUGUCAGAAAACGGUAUGUUGUCUUACACCUGUCAAGCAUCAUCUAAGGAUAAACCUUAUCAAGUAAAAGAAAAUGAUAAUUUUUCUAUAGUAUUUUAACCAUCCAUUAUCUCUGUAUGGAUUACAUUCUGUGGGACUCUUUGAAGAUACAUAGAAAGGAUAUUAAUUUUUAGAAAACUGGCUAAGGAAAGAAGAUGUGAGCUGUGUAUGUUUGAAAGAGAGUCCCCUAUAAUCAUGUUGGAAGGAUGGUUUGAAAUUAACUUGUAUCUGGUCAUUUCUUACUAAAUACAAACUUCAAGAAGAAUUUGGCAUUAGACUUUUAAAUUCACACCUGUUAAAGCAGCUUGAUUGGUGUCUCCUUCCAACCACUGUUCAGGAUCAGAUAUUAGGACAGUGAAAACAAGGUGUUUUGAAAUGAAAGUGAUUUUAUUAAAAAAAUUGUAAAAAUGUUUAAAUCCCAAAUUCUAUUAACAUUGCUUGAUACAAAAGAAAACAGAUAUUUCUAAUCUGGACUAUUGCACAAUAAGUUUUGUAUUGUCCUCUGAAAUAGUAAUUAACAUUUUCCUUUUUUUUUAAGGAGUUGUGAGGG